AGUUUUUCUCGGUGCUGUUAUCUAGGUCAGGCUCGCUGACAGUUGCUGAUGCUUCUCACUGCGCUCAGCAGCCCCGGCCGCAGCAGCAGGCAGAGGGGCCCAGCAGCACAUGUCCUGAGGACUUAAAAGGGCUGGUGAGGUGCUGGGCUUCCCCUCUGGAUGCAGGACUUGACCUGGGAGAGAGUGAAACCAAAAAUGCUGGGAAGGAAGGCAAAGUGAGCAGGGAAAAAAACAGACUAUGCCACGUGCGGGUAGUGAUCACAGCCCAGGCCAUGGCAGGGUCCAGAGAGGCUUUGGCAAUCCAUGUCCUGCUCUGCUGCCUAUGUGGAGGUGUUGGUGCAGGUAUGGCAAACAUCAAGUGCUGGGGACACGUCUGGAUUGAGCCUGCUCCGGUGGUGCAGAUGGGCUCCAACAUCUCCAUCAACUGCCUCUCCACCCUCGGCUGCCCCUGGAACAAGUUCUUUGUGCUCCUCAACUACAGCAAAGUUGAGGGUCCCCUGCACCCCCUCAACAGCAGCACCAUCCAGCUCCAGCUGCGUGAUUUUCGGAUGCCCUUAGGGACCAUCACCUGCUUUGCCUGCUGCCCCAACAGUGAAAGAAGCUGCCUGGUGUGCGGCACUGACAUCUGGGCUGGCUACCCUCCAGACCCUCCCAGCAACCUGACCUGCACCAUCCGUGAGCACUCGGAGCACCUGGUGUGCAUGUGGGACGCAGGGCAGCCAACUCACGUGCCCACCCACUAUACCCUCCACCUACGCAGUGUGAGGACGGCGGCAGGGGAGGAUUCUGAGAAUGCUGAGGAGGAGAAGGUCUUCCCUGCGGGCUCACCAGUGCCCCUGAGUGCUCUGCGUGGUGGGAGCCACUACACAGCAUGGGUGCAGGCCAGUAAUGCACUGGGUGCUGCUCACUCAGCCCCUCGGCACCUCAAUCUGCAGGAGCUCGUGGUGCCCACUCUGCCCCUGGUUGUUGGUGCUGAGACGACAGAGACAUUGCGUCCCACCACUACCAUCCACUGGAAGAGGCAAACAGAGCAGGAGAAUGUGCACUGCGAGGAGCGACAUAAAGCCACAGGUUCUCCAGCGUGGCAUGUGGACGUGUGGGAUGGUGCAGCACAGCAUGGGCUGCGCUCACGGCAUGACCUGCAGAGUAACACCCAGUACGUGUUUCAGGUCAGGUGCCGGCUUAGCCCUGACGACAGCCCCUGGAGUGCCUGGAGCACCCCUUUUCUCUACACCACCCCUGAGGCAGACCCCACCGCGGCACCUGACGUCUGGUGGCGCCUGGGCCCAGCGUUCCCGAACGGCAGCCACGAGGUGACGGUAUUGAUCAAGCCCCUAUCACCCCAGGAUGCCCGUGGGAGGAUCCUGGGCUAUGCAGUGACUACCAAGAGACCCAAGGGAAGCCUGCUCCUCUGCAACACCUCCAGCACGUUGUGCAGUGUCCUGGUGCCCCCGGGAGCCCGCACUCUCCAUGUGACUGCUUACAACUCCAAGGGGGCUUCCAGCCCUGCCAACAUUACCCUCAGCCAGGCUUCCAGCAGCUGGGAAGAGUUCCCAGCACCAGUAGCUGUGGAGGUCAAGCCUGAGAACCAGAGCAGGAUCUCUGUGACCUGGCAGCUCCCUCACCAAAGUGGGAGGUCCCCACUCUGGUUCAUAGUGGAGUGGGUUUUCACCACCCCGUAUAACCAGGAGGAGCAGUAUUUUUGGAAGAAAGUCCCUUUCCCGGAAACACACACUUCCAUCCAAGAAGAGGCAGUAUCAGGAAGUCACAUCAAUGUAGCAGUGUAUGCAGUUUAUCCUGACGGAGCCAGCAAACCAAGCUCUGGCCAAGUCCCUUCAGAGGACCAGCUCCUGGAGAGUACCUACAGUGAGAUCUCCCAUGAUGAUGAUGUUGGAGUUUUCCUGGGACUGGGCAUCAGCAUGGUCAUAUUAUCAGCUGGUUUUGUAAUACUGAUGUUUAAAAAAUCAGCCAGAAAAAGAAUUAAGGCCACCAUUGUGUCGCUUUUGCCAAAAUGGCUGUUUGAAGACUUUCCCCACAUGGAAAACAGCAACGUGGUAAAGUCACUCCAGGAAAAGAGCGAUUUCAUGAGCAACAGUCUCCAUGAGCUGUUCUUGGACACCAAUGACCCCACAGUCACGGAAAUUGAGGAGGUGCCAGUGCACGAGGAGUACAAGAGCAUGGCCACCAGAAGGAAGCCCAGCAGAGAGGUCCCCAAGGCUGGGGAGAACCUAGGGAGCACAGCUCCUACCAGCAGCAUGGCCCCCAAACAGAUCAGUGAAUACAAGCCUCAGGUGUCCGAUGUGAACCCGCUGGGGUACGUGGCUGCCAAUAUUUACCAAACACAGCCCACCCCAGACGUCCCAGAACUGGAAACUAACGUCUUCUUCAGAGACUACACAAGCCCCAUUCCCCACCUGUGGGAUGGGGAGGGAGAGGGUCACCAUGUCUGUCUGCUGGAUAAGAUCAACCUUGUCUUAAACAACAGCUGGAGUGGGCAAAGCCAGGUGUUUGGCUCAGCCCAGGGGGGACACGGAUCCCUCCUGGAGAACCAGUGGGGACACACGCUAGCCAGUGAUGUUCAAGAGCAAACACUUGUUCCCGAUGAGCUGGUCUCCUGCCUGAGAGCCAUGAACACAGAGCCAGUGGAGAUAAAGCCCUGCUUUCCACAAAGCAUCGGAAGACUGUUUUGAAAUAAAUUGUAGUUGUGAUUAAAAAAAUGUAAAGCAAUGACCAUGGCACAUAUCAGCCUUUGAGGCUGUAAACAGCAGAACUGCAACAAAAUCCCUGAUUUGAAAUUCACUUUCUUAAUCAACCACAAAUACUUAUGGUUGCCUGGAACGCUUUGGACAGUAAAUCACAGAUUUAAAUUUACCUCAUAUUGCCGCAAGCUUAAGAAACUGAAGACUUGAAUUUCCAUAAGAACCGAAAUACAGAGAAGGUGCUUUUUGCAAGACGCAGUAUGUUUCAAUUAUUCUUCAAAGUUAUUCUCUUGUUAAAAAUUUGGAGCAUUUCAUCCCUGGAGCUGGUUGCAGUUAAGAUGGAUAAAAUGAUCCCUUAGACAUCCUGACUGAAUUGUGUAAAAUAUCUUGGGAUAUAUUGCCUAAUGAAGAGGCAUAACACCAAGGAGGAUCCAUAUGUUGUACAACAGACAUGGAUACCAAGAACAUGAAAUCUUUUCUGCAUGACGGAAUAACCCAAUUUCAUUUUCUCUCCAGUUUAACUAAAAAACUAUACCAGGUAAGAAGAAACCUUCAUCAUCUGCCAGGUUGAUUUAAAAUCUCUGAAUUGGUCACUGGGCAGAUUCUUCAUUUUGAGUGAGGGAUUUAUCAUCUCACAGUGCUCAUCACUGCCUCUGCCUUGCCAUGCUGUGUGAAGCACAGUGUGGUACAGCAAAAUGGCUUUUAUUUGGCACUUGACACGGAAUUUGGAUCUUCUGACAUCCAGAAAAUAAACUACAGGAGCCUUCUUCCCAGAGAGCAGAUAUGGAAUCAUUUACAAGUUCGCCUGAAACUUCAGAAAUGGUCUUACAAAAGGCUCCUAAAGCAACCAGAAACUCCCUAGAAAUAUGAAAGGGUGGAUCAUGUAUCUACUUGCUGAUCACCCACAACUUUUUAAGGAAACACUCCAAAUGCUUUUACAAGCAUACAUGCAUAAAGGAAGGGAUACAAGCAUAAAGGAUGUUGCAAUACUCUGUAAAAUGCCUGAGCACUCAAUGCUCUCCCUGACAUUUUCUCUGCCGCUUCUCUUCUCCUGGCCCUUAUGCCACAGCAGAUGCUGGUUUUGGUUUGGAGCUGCAGCCAGCGGAGGUGACAGUGUGUGUGGCUGAGGUGGGGAUGAGUGCAGGUGCCAGAGCUACAUGCCCAGGCACAACCAUGCAUGCCUGUGCACUUCCAUGGACCUCCCUGAACACCCAUACACACCUGUGUACACUCAUGCACUCCCAUCCAUGCCCAUGCACACCUGUGUGCAUCCAUGAAUGCCCACACACCUCUAUGGGCACCUCUGCACACCCAUGCACACUCACGCAAGCCUGUGGCUGUGUGAGAGUGCUGCAGAGCUCCCCAUGGAGCAGGAGGGGAGGGCAGGAGGUCCCUGCCCCUCCUCUCUUAGGUAGCUGGGGACCAGCUCUUUCUUGAGCCUCCUAAGGCCAGCAAAGCUGUGUUCCUCCAGCUCCAGUACCUGCUGGUUUGGGACUGUCUGCAGCAGCACAGGGAUACUCUGCAUGUAAAACCCUGGCCGGGACAGCCCAGAGCAUCCUGCUGCAGGCAGUCUCUCACCCACAUUGCAUCCUGUUGAAAGAGAAAAGAGCACACAGCUCCCAUAAUUGCUAACAGGAGGGACCAGGGGCUUAAAUAUACCCUGCUAGCAGCUUGGCGUGCUCAGAAGAAUCUCAUCAUACUUGCAUAUAGCUUUGAGUCUCCUUGUACAACAAGCAGCACAAAGAGCCUUUGCACUACAUACCUGUGUGUGGAAUUUCUGCUCAUUGAGCAGCCUGUGCAGCUUGUAGGGUACUGGCAGACUGAGCUAUCCAUGCAUAGCACAGAGGAUGUUUGCAGGGACAUUGUCUUGUAAGAAUGACGUGAACAAAAGCACAUUAAAAGGCAAAAGGAUUGUCUGACUGUGCAUCACCAAACCACAAUCUGUGAAAUAGAAAGAGCAAGACUUGACAAAGUUUUGCAAGACUAAAAUGUUACAAAGCUGAUGUAAAUGCCAACCUAUGUAUAAUUACCUACCUAGAGUGAUCCACUUUAUUAUCACAAAAUCACUUUUUGUAGUAAACUGCUGAAUCUGGAGAUUAUAAUCUUUCUUUCAAUUUUUGCUGGGCACUCUAUGUUUUUCUCUAGCAGCUGUGGCAGAAAUGGAUCAAUCUUGUCGUUUACUCCUGGAUACCUUCAAACCAACACUGCUGCAUGCUGUACUUGUUUCCUCCUAACACGCCAAGAGAUCUGUUGUUUACAGAGUAGUGGUUACCUGGUGAGAUGGGGUAGGAUUAUUCUUUAGAAGCAGCAAAUCAUUUCCAAGCUAGUAAUGUCACUUCUACUUGUAAGCAAGUCUAAAAUUAGUGAGUGCUGCCUGUGCAGGAAGGAAAUUGUAGAACAACAGCCACAUACUGUCCGCAGCCCAAAU